CGCGUGCCAGGUUUCACUCUCACGCCAGGACGUCCCAAGGGCAUCAAAGCGAGUCUGUCAUCAGUAACACCUCUGGUCUCUUCCCCCCGUUGCAGACAAGAUGACUCACCAUUGUACCAAGUUCUCCGGCCACUGGAAGAUUAUCGUGUACGACGAGGAGUGCUUCCAGGGCCGUCGUCAUGAGUUCACCUCUGAGUGCUGCAACGUGAUGGAGUUCGGCUUCGAGACUGUCCGCUCCCUCAGAGUCGAGAGUGGCGCCUGGGUGGGCUAUGAGCAUGCCUCUUACCAGGGUCAGCAGUUCGUGCUGGAGAGAGGAGAGUACCCUCAGAGUGACGCCUUCGGAGGUAGCAAUGCCUACCACAUCGAGAGGAUGACCUCUUUCAGACCCAUCGCCUGUGCUAAUCACAGAGAGUGCCGUAUGACCAUCUAUGAGCGCGAGAACUUCCUGGGCCGCAAGGGCGAGCUGAGCGACGACUACCCCUCACUCCAGGCCAUGGGCUGGUGCAACAACGAAGUUGGCUCCCUGCGCGUCCAGUCUGGAGCUUUUGUGUGCUACCAGUACCCUGGUUACCGUGGAUACCAGUACAUCAUGGAGUGUGACCGCCACUGUGGGGAGUACAAGCACUUCAGGGAGUUCGGCUCCCACUCCCAGACCCCUCAGAUUCAGUCCAUCCGCCGCAUUCAGCAGUAACCUCACCUCGGUCCCGAUCACCCACCUCUCCCUCACAAACUCUCUACCCCCUGCUGCCCAAUGCUGAAUAAACUGUCUUUCUUAAACUUCA